AACCCAUGUCGUUGACCAGAAUAUCUUCCCUUGGGUUAUCCAUGUCGUUGACUAAAUGGUCAAUGUUUAGAUAUUAGGCGAACCAAUCCCAGCUGGGAAGAGAUUGUAUCAUCGAGUUGGUGGAGGUGGCGCCACCGUCAGCGGCGGUGGUUGGCCAUGAUACGACGGAUUAACUCCCUCCACCAGGACACGUGUCCUACCCCCGACACCUCCCCACCACCAUGACUACCGCUGCACCUUCCCCACCGCAGCCCCCUUCGAGCUCACACGAGCAGACAGAACCAACGCAUUCUUCGGGUCGCUCUUCUUCUGGAGAUGAAACGUCUGCUUAUAGAAGAGGAGCUGAGCUGAGAAAGGCAGAGGCUUGGAGAGGACUGCGGGAUGAAGCCUCUCAAGAACAGUCUACUGCGGGCGGUGGCGACAUGGGUCCGGCGGCAGCCGCCGAAGAUGAAGGCGUUCCUCGCCCUGGUGCUCGGGAUUGCGGCGAUCGUGUUCCUGCAGAUGGUGGUGCACGACCACGACAACCUCUUCGUGGCCGCAGAGGCUGUCCACGCCGUCGGAAUCUCCGUCCUCAUUUACAAGCUCACCAAGGAGAAGACAUGCGCCGGACUGUCGCUCAAGUCACAGGAGCUGACUGCCUUGUUUCUGGCUGUGAGGCUCUACUGUAGCGUUGUAAUGGAGUACGAUAUUCACACUUUCCUCGAUUCAGCUACACUGGCCACAACCCUCUGGGUCAUAUACACGAUUCGGUUUAGGUUGAAGUCGAGUUACAUGCAGGACAAAGACAACUUCCCCAUUUACUUCCUGGUGAGUCUAAGUCCUCGCUCAUCUUUAUCUCUGGUAAUCCAUCCUUCAACGAAUCAUCAAAUUAUUAACCGAAUUUGUUGGGCCUUCUGCGUGUAUCUUGAAGGUGUUUCAGUACUUCCUCAGCUGCGUGUCAUGCAGAACAUAAAGAUCGUGGAAUCAUUCACGGCACAUUAUGUGUUUGCCCUGGGAAUUGCGAGGUUCUUGAGUUGCGCCCAUUGGGUUCUUCAGGUAUUAGACACGAGUGGGCGCUUGCUUACAGCUCUAGGGUACGGCCUGUGGCCUUCGAUGGUUCUCCUCUCUGAGAUAGUCCAAACCUUCAUCCUCGCAGAUUUUUGCUACUACUACAUCAAAAGUGUCCUUGGUGGGCAACUUGUUCUACGACUUCCAUCAGGAGUGGUCUGAUUAUUAAAAAAUCGAGGGAGCGGUUCUUUGCCAGUUAGAUAGUGCUCGUGUUGUUAUGUAUUCUCUGUGUAUUAGCUUAGCUGUUGUAUCGACUAGGUUGCACUGUUUUAUUUGUCUACCUUCGGCAUAUGCUGUAACCUCUAGUCUGUUCUUAGAUGAUGAUGUUCUGUGAGUAAUUGCUCCAGCAACUAACUUUACGUAUAUAUAGCUCGACGAGCAAAGGAGAGAGCAAUAAACUAGACCUAGGUAAGUAAUGGUCUCCCAGAAAUCCAAACCUGGAGUCCGAGACUGACUCUUAUUCGUUUAA